AAAGUGCAUGUUAUUUUCGGUUCUCGUAAAGUGGAACGAGAUUCGAGAAACUUCGAGUCAAGUUGUGCUUGCAACAUAGCCUAAGUAAAUCAGUAAAAGAGUUUAGCUGAGGAAGAAGACGAGCUGUGAAUCAUGACAAAAGUUCCGGCAAUUGGAAUCGACUUGGGCACUACGUAUUCCUGCGUAGGCGUUUUUCAACAUGGAAAAGUUGAAAUUAUUGCCAAUGAUCAAGGAAAUCGAACAACACCAAGUUAUGUGGCCUUCACCGAUACCGAACGAUUGAUUGGAGAUGCCGCGAAAAAUCAGGUUGCCAUGAAUCCAAGUAACACCAUUUUCGAUGCGAAACGGUUAAUCGGUCGCCGUUUCGACGAUGCAACGGUACAGAGUGACAUGAAACAUUGGCCAUUCACUGUGGUGAGUGACGGAGGAAAACCAAAGAUCCAGGUUUCAUACAAAGGCGAAGUGAAAACUUUUUUCCCAGAAGAAGUGUCCUCGAUGGUUUUGACGAAGAUGAAGGAAACUGCAGAGGCCUAUCUUGGACAGACUGUUACUAAUGCAGUCAUCACAGUUCCUGCAUAUUUCAACGAUUCUCAGCGGCAGGCAACAAAGGAUGCCGGUGCAAUAGCUGGCUUAAACGUUUUACGUAUUAUUAAUGAGCCAACUGCUGCAGCAAUAGCUUAUGGUCUUGACAAGAAGACAUCAGGCGAGAAGAACGUAUUGAUAUUCGAUCUUGGCGGUGGUACUUUCGAUGUUUCCAUUUUGACGAUCGAGGACGGUAUUUUUGAGGUGAAAUCGACGGCUGGUGAUACUCACCUCGGUGGCGAGGACUUUGAUAAUCGUAUGGUCAAUCACUUUGUUCAAGAAUUUAAACGAAAAUACAAGAAGGAUUUGAGUAGCAAUAAGAGAGCUGUUAGACGUUUGAGAACGGCUUGUGAGAGAGCAAAGAGAACGCUUAGCUCAUCUACACAGGCUAGCAUUGAAAUCGAUUCAUUGUUUGAGGGUAUUGAUUUCUACACGUCUAUUACUCGAGCUAGGUUCGAGGAAUUAUGCGCCGAUCUCUUCAGGAGUACUCUCGAACCGGUGGAAAAGGCUUUAAGGGAUGCGAAAAUGGAUAAGUCGCAGGUGCAUAGCAUCGUUUUGGUUGGCGGAUCUACCAGAAUACCAAAGAUUCAAAAACUUUUGCAAGAUUUCUUUAAUGGCAAGGAAUUGAACAAGUCUAUUAAUCCUGACGAGGCUGUGGCAUAUGGUGCCGCUGUACAGGCUGCUAUUUUGCAUGGUGAUAAAUCAGAGGAGGUUCAAGAUUUGUUGCUACUUGAUGUUACACCGUUGUCCCUUGGUAUCGAGACUGCUGGUGGUGUUAUGACGACUUUGAUUAAGAGAAACACUACGAUUCCUACCAAACAAACUCAAACGUUCACCACUUAUUCGGACAAUCAGCCGGGUGUACUUAUCCAAGUUUACGAAGGAGAGAGAGCUAUGACGAAAGACAAUAAUAUUUUAGGAAAGUUCGAACUCACGGGAAUUCCCCCUGCACCGAGAGGUGUCCCGCAAAUCGAAGUUACCUUCGACAUUGAUGCCAAUGGUAUUUUGAACGUCUCUGCGAUCGAAAAGUCAACAGGGAAGGAAAAUAAGAUCACGAUUACGAACGAUAAGGGUCGUUUAUCAAAGGAAGAUAUCGAGAGGAUGGUGAACGAGGCUGAAAGAUAUCGAAACGAAGAUGAACAACAACGUGAUAGAAUUAGCGCUAAGAAUGCUUUGGAAUCUUAUUGCUUCAAUAUGAAGAGUACGAUGGAGGAUGAGAAUAUUAAGGAUAAGAUUGAUGAUUCAGAUAAACAGAAGGUUCUCAAUAAAUGCAACGAAGUCAUUUCUUGGUUGGAUAGCAACCAGUUAGCAGAGAAGGAGGAAUUUUCGGACAAGCAAAAGGAAUUGGAGUCCGUUUGCAAUCCUAUAGUUACUAAAUUGUAUCAGGGUGCUGGUGGUGGCGCUGCUGGUGGUUAUCCUAACAAACCUGCCGGUGGUGGUGGUGCCGGCGCUGGCAGUGCUGGUGGGCCCACCAUUGAAGAAGUUGAUUAAAAAUCAUUUUCAUCGAGCAUUCUUUUUAUUAUGUCUUUUAUAACUUAUUUAUUUUUCUCCUUGAUUGUUUUUGAGAUGAACUAAAUUUGAUAAUAGAUCGUGCAUACAUUAUUUGUGUGAAUAUACAAUAUGUUGUUUUGUCUUAUAGAUAUAUCUUCUUAUUUGUUGAAUAUGGCCGCCGCUUUAUAUGUUCUUAUUCGGAUAAUGCUUGGGAAUAUAUUUGGAUCCUUAAUAAAUACUUAUUUUGAAUAAUUAGACUUAUAAUUAA